AUGCUUAAAUAUAAAACUUUCCGCCCUCGUAUAUACAGAGAUAAAAAUGGAUUUAUCUCUAGUAUUUUGGUUAGAGGAAAUAUAGCUGCAAAUUUCAAAUUUAAAAAAAUUCUCGAAAAAUCAGAUAAACAAAUAAAAGCAAGUUUUGCUUCAGUUAUAUUACUAAAUUCCGAAGAAAAAACAGAGGUUGUAACUUUCAAUCUCGAGAAUGUAAUUUACAACAAAGGCAAGAAUUUAAGUGUUGUAACAGCUACAAAAAGAAUAAUUAAAUUCCCUCGUAGAAUCAGAGAAAAAAUGGAAAAUCUGACUUUACGUUUAGAAUAA